AUGCGUUUAAGUCAAGCCCUAAAAGAAAAACGGCCGCUUUACGAGAAGAGACACGACAAAGUGAUUUUGUUACAUGAGAACGACCGGCCUCAUGUUGCAAAACCAGUGAAAAUCUACCUGGAAAUACUUCGAUGGGAAGUUCUACCCCACCUGCCGUAUUCACCUGACAUAGCCCCUUCCGAUUUUCACCUAUUCCGUUCGAUAGCACAUGGCUUAGCUGACCAGCGUUUUCAUUCUUACGAAGAAACUAAAAAAUGGGUCGAUUCUUGGAUAGCCUCAAAAGACAUGUCGUUUUUCCAACGCGGAAUUCAUAUACUGUCAGAAAGAUGGGAGAAAGUGGUCUCUAGUGAUGGCAAGAUGAGCGACGAAGAACUUGUUCAGUGUCCUUAUAAUCCCAAUCACCAGGUUCCUAGAUCUCAAAUAGACGAGCAUAAAAAAAUAUGUAAAUUUUUGAUGGAUCCUAAUCAAGAAAAACAAAUUACAAUUUCAUCCUACGACGAGCCCAGACCCUCAACAUCUUACCAGGAGUCACCUCAGGAGGGAAGUUCACUUCAGGAGGAGAGUUCUCAUCAGGGGGGAAGUCAAUUGGCAACUCGUCCAAUUUCUGGAAGUCCUUCUACUCCAGAACGGAGAUCAUCAGACGAACCAUCAGAUUUACAGAAACCAUCACCAAAUAGAUUACAAACGUCAACACCUUACUCAAAGCCGUUUCAAAGUAGUGACACUUCAGAUGAUACAGAUAUAGAUUUAUGUGGAUCAGAAGGUUCUUCGGACAAUCAGUCGAAAUCACAGAUGACAAAUAUACACAGUAGUACUGAUGACUCUUCUUCAUCAAGCGAUGAUUCGGUAUUAUCACCUGAAGAUACUAUGUCAGAUAACAACGGAAGGUCUCUAUCUUCUAUGGGUUUAACAUAUUGUACAAAUGUGUCUUCUACUUCACAAGAAACAGAUAGUUCACAACAAGAAGACAGUUCACAAAAAGCAGCUAUUUUACAACAGCCAAAACUGAUAUUGGGAAGGAAGGAUAAAAAAAUGGAUGAUGAAAGUUCGGUUGAUCUAUCGUCACGUUUUUCUCAAGAACUGUCUGAUCCAUUAGAAUUUGAAAUGGAAGAACAUUCCUUACCUGGAAAUGUUCAACAAAAAUACUCAAAACCAGGUUGUUCUUAUGCUGGAACAACAAAUGAUUCGGUUGAUCUACAACGGCUAAUUCCAGUAGUAGAAUCUUCUCCGUUUGGAGAGCUUUCAACAUCAGAAUCAAUUAGUUCAUCUACUGAAACAACAGAUGAUUCGGAUGAUUCACAACGACUAAGUAAAAAAAGUAAAAUGAAACCUAAAGAAAUGGUUACAGAAGAAAAAACAGAGGAAGAAACGUCAUAUCAUUCGACAGAUCAGUCUACUUCAUUAGAAGUUUAUAUGAAAGAAUCUUCUCUUUCUGAAAAGGAUUCACAAGAACAAUCACCACCAUCUUGUAUUCCUGGUCAGCGUACAUAUUAUUCGGAAGUUUCACAACAGCUAGGUAGAAAAAGGAAAAUGGAACAUGAAGAAAUAGAUACAGAAGAAAUAAUGAAUGUUAAAGUGUCACAUAUUUCAACAGAAGUGACUACUCAAUCAGAAGUUGGAGUGGCAGGACCUUCUUCGUCUGUUCCAAAAGAACAAUCAAAACCAGUUGGUUCUCCUAAUGGGAAAACACAAGAAUCAGUUGGUUCACAACGUCAAAGUAGAUCUAGGAAAAAUAAAUAUGAAGAACUAAUGGAGAUGGAUCCGGUUAGAUCACGACACCGAAGUAAGCCUUUUAAAAAAGAAUAUGCAAGAAUGUAUACAGAAGAAAAAAAGGAGGCUAAAAGGUCAGAUGUUUCGACAGAAGAGACGAUUCCAUUAGAAGUUCAAAUAGAAGAAUCUUCUUCGUCUGGAGAUGUUUCAGAUAUACCAGUUACUCAUCAUGGUGAAACAAUAUAUGAUACUUCAGAUAAUUCAUCAAGUAAUUUACAAGAUGCAGGUAGAUCACUACAAUCAGAUAGUUUAUCAGAAGCUGAUAGUUCACAAAAAGAG